CUUGAGAUAGAAAUUGCAGAAGGGAGAGAAGAAUCCUUUUUGGCUGCAUUGGAACAGAGAUCGAGGAUGGUUAUAGAAGCCUUGGCUGGCCCUGAAGCAGGAAGAGGACCCAGCGUUCCCUGGACAGAGGGCAGAGGGGCUUUAUGGGAAAGAGCAGAGCGGAAGAUCCUGGAGGAGGACCUGGUUGGUUCAGAGGCACACUGCCGGCGUUUCAGAGACUUCCACUACCAGGAGGCAGAAGGUCCCCGAGAGCUCUGCAGCCGCCUCCACCAUCUUUCCCGCCAGUGGCUGCAGCCGGAGCGACACACCAAGAGCCAGAUGCUGGACCUGGUGAUCCUGGAGCAGCUGCUGGCCGUCCUGCCGGUGGAGAUGUCCAGCUGGGUGCGGGAGUGCGGAGCGGAGAGCAGCUGCCAGGCGGUGGCCCUGGCCGAAGGCUUCCUCCUGGGUCGGUUGGAGCAGAAGAAAGCAGAAGAGCAGGAGGAGAGAAAUCACCCGUUUGCAGAAAAGGGCCCUGCCUUGCCAGCCCUGGAGGGGGCUCUGUCGGCCUCCAAACAGAGAGCCCCAAGAAGGAGCGUCCUGGCAGAGGAGGGUAGAGGGUCACCCUGGGCAGGUAAGUCUUAAUGGAAAUCUGGGUCUCCCUUCACCUGGAAGCCUUGGGCUGAGUCCUGGAGGAAAGGCUCAAUUCCACCCAUUUCCCACCUCGGACACUUGGGCUCACGACUGAGAAUU